GGGAGUGAGUCUGAGCUCUGAACACACGGGAGGGACGCGCGCCGGAGAAGUUAGCAGUCUGACACGCACGAGAGAACUGCGUUUGGUUUUAAGUUGAUUCAGGAGAGGAAACGCGUUAAAGCUCCCCCCCCUCCCCCUCCCUCUCUAAGGAUUAUAAAAAGAAAAGUGGGACCGAGGAAGAUAUAACAUGACUUCAGCAAAGGAGCACUAAAGUGCGGGGAUGUUUUGAAAAAUGAUGAGAGCGGCGUGAACACUUUAAGGAAUAAGUUCAGAGUGGACCGGUAUGGCUUGAUUUGUGAGCCCGAAGGCAGCUGCGGGAGGCACUGAUGUUUCUGUGGAAGAGAAGGAAAGUUUGCUGCGCUUCUCUCGGAUCUACUUUGUGAGAAAUUCAUCGCUUACUAGUCUCGUAUCUGAGCGGCAGAGCCCGGGAGUUGGAGGGGAGCCGCUUCGGUUCGGUGUCGGCUCUGAACAUACAUCAACCAUGACGAACCCCGCGCUGAAGAAGAACCACUGGACCUCCAGGGUGAACGAGUGCUCAGUGGGGAAGGACACCCGCGGAGACCUGAACGUGUCUCUGCGCGGCGGCGCGGAGAACGGGGAGUUCGCCUACAUUGGGCAAAUUAACGAGAACCUGGUGUUUUACAGAGAUGGAAAAUUAAACGAGGGGGAGCUGCUGCUGGAGGUGGAGAACCUCUCCAUUUCAGGAUUACCUUUGUACGACGUGCAGACGCUGAUAAAGAACUGCAAAAGUCCCGUGAAGUUGAAAACCGUGAGGCCAGGAACGAAGUUGAAUAAGGACCUUAAGCAUUAUCUAAGCCAGCGCUUCCAGAAGUCAUCACCUGACCACGAACUGCAGCAGACCAUCCGAGAAAACCUGUACCGUCACGCAGUGCCUUGUACUACUCGCUCCCCACGUGAAGGAGAAGUUCCUGGUGUGGAUUACAACUUCCUCUCCGUAGAGGACUUCCUAGUGUUGGAGAAGAGUGGAACCCUCCUGGAAAUUGGAACAUAUGAAGGCAACUAUUAUGGGACGCCGAAGCCACCGGUGCAGCCUCCCAGCGGGAAAGUGAUCAGCAGCAGUAGCGGUGGUGAUGCCCCACUGUCAGACGGGCUCAGCGGUAGCCUGCCGGGCUCGCAGAACUCAACUCCCCGACGAGCCAAGUCCUACAAUGACAUGCGAAAUGCUGGAAUAGGGCUUGCAGAUCAGCAACUAGAGGACGACGAGGACCUCCCUGACAUGAACAGCAGCUUUACAGGAGAAUCCAGUGAAUUGGACGAAAUUCCUCACUCAGCGCGCCCCUACGUCCCUCGCCACAGCGACCAGUCCUACGCUGGGACAACCCCCUCACCAUCGGCCACCACGGAGAGCACACAGCAGACAAACCUUCACCUGAGCCAUCCUCCCCCGGAGGACCCGCUGGGACCUCUGCCUGACAACUGGGAGAUGGCCUACACAGAGACCGGAGAGGUCUACUUUAUAGACCACAACACAAAGACCACCUCUUGGCUAGACCCUCGGUGCCUGGACAAACCUCAGAAGCCCCUGGAAGAAUGUGAAGAUGAUGAAGGGGUCCAUACAGAAGAGCUGGACGAUCUAGAACUUCCUCAUGGAUGGGAGAAAAUCGAUGAUCCAGUCUAUGGGGUCUACUAUGUUGAUCAUAUCAACAGGAAGACCCAGUACGAAAACCCACUGCUGGAGGCUAAGAGGCGCAGGCAGCUGGAACAGCAGCCGCAGCCCCAAAGCCAGCAGCCACCUGAAGGUGAGCGCUACAUCCGAGAGUGGAUUGAGGACUCUGCAUUGGCGGGCGCUCCCCUGGCCACCUAUGCCGCCAACCAUGAGACGUACAGGGACCCCCAGACGGGUCCACCCAUACCCAACGCCAUGGGACAAAAACGUGGGAAGCCUUUCUUUACUAGGAACCGUUCAGAGCUGAACGGGACCUUCAUCAAUACCAAACUGAAGAAGAGCCGUCGAGGGUUUGGGUUCACGGUUGUUGGAGGGGACGAGCCAGAUGAGUUCUUGCAGAUCAAGAGUUUGGUUCUGGAUGGACCCGCAGCCCUUGAUGGGAAGAUGGAGACAGGGGACGUGAUUGUGAGCGUAAAUGACACCUGUGUGCUGGGCUACACGCACGCCCAAGUUGUGAAGAUCUUUCAGUCCAUCCCGAUUGGCUCCAUGGUCAACUUGGAGCUUUGUCGCGGCUACCCACUGCCUUUCGACCCCGACGACCCAAACACCAGUUUGGUAACCUCGGUGGCCAUCCUCGAUAACAAAGAUCCCAUCAUCGUCAACGGCCAGGAGGUCACAAGCAGCUACGACUCUCCAUCCAGCCAAGGAAGUCAGAGCACCAACGGCCCAACCAAUGGCGGACCGCCGCUCAAUGGCUUCCCCCGACCUCACAGCCCCUCUACCGAGGUGGCCUCCGAUACCUCCUCCCAGCUCGGAUACUCUAACGACGUGGUAACCCUGGCGUCGUCCAUCGCAACGCAACCAGAACUCAUCACUGUACACAUGGAGAAAGGAGACAAGGGCUUUGGGUUCACUAUCGCGGACAGCCUUGGCGGUGGAGGGCAGCGGGUGAAGCAGAUUGUGGACUACCCUCGCUGCCGUGGCCUUAGGGAGGGGGACAUCAUCGUCGAGGUGAACAAGAGGAAUGUGCAGAGCAUGUCUCACAACCAGGUUGUGGACAUGCUCAGCAAGUUACCGAAAGGCAGCGAGGUCACCAUGCUGGUGCAGAGAGGAGUGGCACCUGCGAAGAAGAGCCCCAAACUGGAUUAUUAUGACCUGUCUCCUCCGUACAGAGAUUACGCUAGGAUGCAAUUGUCAAGGAAGGACAGUCAGAGCAGUUCCCAGCAUAGUGUUUCCAGCCACCGGAGCGCCCACACGGACUCGCCCGUGCACUCGUCUCUGGCGGCCCCCCUCAGCGAGAGCGGCACUCCCCCGGCCCCCUCGCAGCCCUUGCCUGGCCUGCCUUCCCAGGACUCCCAAGGAGACGGGACCACCCACAGAAAACCCGACCCCUUUAAGAUCUGGGCCCAGUCCAGGAGCAUGUAUGAAAGUAGGCUUCCAGACUUCCAGGAGCAGGACAUUUUCCUGUGGAGAAAGGACACGGGCUUCGGCUUCAGGAUCCUCGGAGGCAACGAGGCAGGAGAACCUAUCUACAUCGGCCACAUAGUGAAGUACGGCGCUGCGGAUGAGGACGGGCGCCUCCGAUCCGGAGAUGAACUGAUAUGUGUGGACGGCACAGCGGUGGUGGGCAAGUCGCAUCAAUUGGUGGUGCAGCUAAUGCAGCAGGCUGCCAAGCAGGGCCACGUUAAUCUCACUGUGCGACGUAAAACCAACUACGCAGUUAAAUCAGAGGGAGACGUCCCUCCGUCGCCAGCGUCCUCACACCACAGCAGCACCCAGGCGCCCAGCCUGACGGAGGAUAUGGGCAAGCGCACGCCGCAGGGCAGCCAGAACUCCCUCAACACCGUCAGCUCCGGCAGCGGCUCCACCUCUGGCAUCGGUAGUGGCGGAGGAGGAGGAGGCGCCGGGAUCGGUGGGAAUGCUGUGGUCGCCACCGCAGCUGCUACCACGUCCUCUCAGCCCCCAAACGGCACCACAAACUCGGCCCCCGUCGCCGCCGUGCAGCCCUACGACGUGGAGAUCCGACGGGGCGAGAACGAAGGCUUCGGUUUUGUCAUCGUGUCGUCGGUGUCGCGGCCCGAAGCGGGCACCACCUUCGCUGGAAAUCCAUGUGUGGCCAUGCCUCACAAAAUAGGCCGCAUCAUCGAGGGGAGCCCGGCGGACCGCUGCGGGAAGCUGAAGGUCGGCGACCGCAUCCUGGCCGUGAACGGGAACUCCAUCACCAACAAGUCCCAUUCUGACAUCGUCAACCUCAUCAAGGAGGCCGGGAACACCGUCACACUGCGAAUCAUUCCCGGAGAUGAGUCAUCAAAUGCGUCUUUGUUGACGAACGCCGAGAAGAUUGCCACCAUAACCACAACUCACACACCUCAGCAACAGGCGGUACCUGAGGCCAGGACCAACACCAAACCAAAACAGGAAUCUUAUGAGUUUAAUACCCCACCAAACCCUCCUCUGCAGCCCCCCAUCCAGCCAGACUCGACUCAGGACUCUGAGUUCUACUCGGUGGACCUGGAGAGAGACAGCAAAGGUUUCGGCUUCAGCCUGCGGGGAGGAAGAGAGUACAACAUGGACCUGUACGUGCUGAGGCUCGCCGAGGAAGGAGCCGCAGUCCGCAAUGGGAAAAUGAGGGUCGGAGAUGAAAUCCUGGAGAUCAACGGCGAGAGCACCAAAGGCAUGAAGCACGCACGGGCCAUCGAGCUCAUCAAGAACGGAGGCCGACGCGUCCAUCUGGUGCUCAAGAGGGGCGACGGCUCCGUGCCUGAAUAUGACGGCAGCCCCAACGACAUCAGCACCGUCGACGCAGUCACAGGGAUACAAAACGCUGCGGAAGUGAGUUCCCUACCCCUAAAUAAUGCACCAUCAGAGUCCAGCUUCCCACCAGAACCCCCACCACAUUCCCGGAGCAAGACGGAGCCGAGCCGCCGCACCAAUGGCACUAGCAACCAUGGCACUGGCAACCAUGGCACUGGCAGGCACCAUCGUUCUCAUCACCGUCACCACUCUCCCAGCAAAUCCAAGGCAAAGAAGUCCACAGGGAGGAAUGGGCCUAAGCUGUUAAAGAAGGACGACAAGGAAAAAGAUGGCCAUCGGCACCGAAGCCGCCACCGCUCGCCUCACAAGGGGCACAGCCGCUCACGCAGUGCAGACAACACCCUAGAAAGCCGCGAUAGAGGUCACCGCAGAGGGCGCUCUCCAGAACGCCGUCACGGUCAACAUUCUUCAUCAAACCACCGCCACCACUCUCCUCGACGCUCACCGUACCGCUCUCAGCACCGCUCUUACCACCACUCUCCACGACGCUCACCUUACCGCCACAGGUCCCCACCCAGGUACCACUCGCCAACCAGACAUCGCCACCGCUCCUCAGACCCCUACCGUUACGACACCCCUGAGAGACACAACGAGAAGCCGAUGGCAGACGAAAUGUCCGAUAUUCCUCAACCAAGAUUCCCUUUUGAAAACUCCGUCGUGCGGGACUCGCCAGCUCUAGACCGCCUAAACAGAGAGCCCAUUCUUUCACUCCCACCACUUCGGAGAGAAGAUCGUCUCUACAGGCAGGACAGCCCUCUGAUGAGAACCUCCUCCAUGGAGAGGGCCUACAAGGGAGACAGACUCCUGAAGGACUUUGCAUCCCGUGACUACAGAGAUAUCACCCUGCCCAGAGUCCGAACCCCCGAAUUGGAUUCAUCCUACCAGAAGUACACUUCCCUGUUGAGAGGGCGUACACCUGAGAUGCUGGAGAGGGAUGGGCGCCUUGCCAGUAGAGGCAUCACCCCUGAACCGCGGUACAGAGCUCGCAGCCUGGAACGUGCCAUCUCCCCGCCCAGGAGGGACGACUCUGAAGAUGAAGAAGACGACGACAUUUUUGUUGCCUCUAAGUUGAGAGAGUACUACAGCACGCUGGAGACCAAGAGCGGUCCCCCACCCAAGCCUGUGAUCCCUGAACCUAAGAAGACCUACAAGGAUAGUCCCAAAGACCUGAGCAUCUGACUGGCCAGCUGUCAGCCAAUCAUAGAUACCACCCACACAACACCUCAAGUACUCGCCUCCAUUAUCGGUUCUACAGGAAUGCACCCAACUUGUGUUCACGUGCUCGCAUAUAAAAAACCUUCCCACACACACAUACACACGUUAACUACAUAUGCAUUCACAUACAAAUUAUGUAACGGUGUUGAGUUACUAACAAAAGUGAUUCCAAAAUGACUUUUGAAAGCUUUUUUUUUUUCAUUUUUUUAACUGUUUUCCUUUCUCUUUUUUUUCUUUUUGUUGAUCCAUUCUACAUUUACAAACCUUUUUCCAGAAAAUAUAAAAUCUGAAAAAAAAAACAAUGAUGUGCCUAAGAGUUCCAUUAACAAGCAGCAUUUUGUUUUCGAUCCGAUAUGUGGCGGGCAUUUUGUGGCCCGCUGUCAGACGAUGAAAUGUAUGUACUUUUCCAUGCGGAUCCCAUGGAAGUGGCGAGCGCCUGGAUCACCGCUGCCGGUGCUCCUAACGAUGCUGUGCAUGUCUUUACCGGUUUCAGUGUCUCUUUUUUUCCUCUUUCUCCAAGUCUCUCCUACCUUUGGUCUCUCUCUCUCUCUCUCUCUCUGUCUCUCCUUCCAGUGCCACUGUUUUUUAAAACAUUUGACCAGACUAUAGCACAAGCCUGCAUUUGUUUGUAUAUUUUUGACAGUUUGCAGUAUGUGUACAUUCAGAGGUGAUCAUUUUAAAUGAAUGAAGGGAAAAUUAAAAGUUAAACUAUGAUGACGAUGUUAAAAUAAAAUAAUAUAUUCAACGAAUAAACUCGUGUCAGAGUGUU